CAACAAACUACAAGGGCACAUUCUCAAACAAAACACCGUAAAAAACUCAUCACAAAUAAAAACAAUCACGCCAUAUAUAGCCGAUUAUUACCCCCUUUUUUCUUUAUUAAACCUAUUUCAAAAAUAACAAUAAAAACCCGAGUCGCCAUCCCUUUUCUCAUUUUCUCUUCGAAACAAAAACAAAAAAACAAAAAUCCCAAAAAAAGGAGAGAAAAUGAGAGAGAUCCUCCACAUCCAAGGCGGCCAAUGCGGGAACCAGAUCGGGGCCAAGUUCUGGGAAGUGAUCUGCGACGAGCACGGGAUCGACCAAACGGGGCAAUACGUGGGCGACUCUCCCCUCCAGCUGGAGCGCAUCGACGUGUAUUUCAACGAGGCGAGCGGGGGGAAGUACGUGCCGCGCGCGGUUCUGAUGGAUCUGGAGCCGGGGACGAUGGAUUCGCUCAGAUCUGGGCCGUACGGGCAGAUAUUUAGGCCUGAUAACUUUGUGUUCGGGCAGAGUGGGGCGGGGAAUAACUGGGCGAAGGGGCAUUAUACGGAGGGAGCGGAGUUGAUUGAUUCGGUGCUUGAUGUUGUGAGGAAGGAGGCUGAGAACAGUGAUUGUCUACAAGGUUUCCAGGUUUGUCAUUCAUUGGGUGGAGGAACUGGAUCUGGGAUGGGAACGCUUUUGAUCUCUAAGAUAAGGGAGGAGUAUCCAGACCGUAUGAUGAUGACCUUCUCGGUGUUUCCUUCUCCUAAGGUCUCUGACACUGUUGUUGAGCCGUACAAUGCGACUCUCUCUGUACAUCAGCUUGUUGAAAACGCUGACGAGUGUAUGGUUUUGGAUAACGAGGCUCUCUAUGAUAUCUGUUUCCGUACCCUCAAGCUCGCUAAUCCCACAUUUGGUGAUCUUAACCACCUCAUCUCGGCUACAAUGAGUGGUGUUACUUGCUGUCUUCGUUUCCCUGGUCAACUCAACUCUGACCUCAGGAAGCUCGCUGUGAACUUGAUCCCUUUCCCAAGGCUGCACUUCUUCAUGGUGGGUUUUGCUCCAUUGACAUCGAGAGGGUCACAGCAAUACAGUGCCUUGAGUGUUCCUGAGCUGACCCAGCAGAUGUGGGAUGCGAAGAACAUGAUGUGCGCUGCUGACCCUCGUCACGGACGUUACUUAACCGCAUCAGCUGUGUUCCGUGGGAAGUUGAGCACUAAGGAGGUUGAUGAGCAGAUGAUGAACAUUCAGAACAAAAACUCAUCCUACUUUGUGGAGUGGAUCCCAAACAAUGUCAAGUCCAGCGUCUGUGACAUUGCACCAACGGGUUUGAAAAUGGCGUCGACUUUCAUUGGGAACUCGACUUCGAUCCAGGAGAUGUUCAGGCGUGUGAGUGAGCAGUUCACAGCUAUGUUCAGGAGAAAGGCUUUCUUGCAUUGGUACACUGGAGAAGGCAUGGACGAGAUGGAGUUCACUGAAGCGGAGAGUAACAUGAAUGAUCUUGUUGCAGAGUAUCAGCAGUACCAGGAUGCUACAGCCGGUGAAGAGGAGUACGAGGAGGAAGAAGAGGAGUACGAUGAGGCUUGAUAUGUUCGUUCAUUAAUGGCUUCUUCGGAUUCAUAAGCUGUGUAAGCUGCAGCUACUUUUUAAAAUCUCUCCUUUUUGUUUUGUUUUUUUUUCAGUUUGUGUGCUUUGUUCGUUAAAACUUAAAUUCGUUCUGGAAUAUUAAACGUUGGCAUGUAUUGGCUUUAUUGUUUUUAUCGGUGAAAAAUAUUGCUUUUGUUCUUUCAAGUUUUGUGUCUAU